AUAGAUAGGUUGGUGGGAGAUUUGUUGCAUUGUUGCAAGAUAAGAAAAUAAGAAACUCUGCCAAAUAAAAAUCCAAGAAAAUAGAAUUUGUGGUUGUGAAUUAUCAGGGACUUUCUUACAUGUCCCACUUCCCAAGCCAAUCUCAACUUUUCUAACUCUCUGUUCAUGUGUUUGCAAUAUUUUUCUCUCACCCACUAUAUGGGAGAAAAUUAAAAGAGAGAAUAAGUAAAAAGAUUCACCAGAAACUGAAAAAGAUUGAAUUUUGUGUAAUCUUUUUUGUUGAUAGAAAGUUAAAGAUAAGUCUUGAAACCCAUCUCCAAAAAUCCCUUUUUUAUCUUUCUUUAUGGUCCAAAAUCACUGAAAACACAAAGAAUAUCAUCAAGAUAAGCUGUAAAUUAGAUAAAGUUUUGAUCUUGAUGCUACCCUUUUGAUGCAAUAGUUUAAAGAUUGUAACUUUAGAUAUAGCUUUGUGUUUCUGUGUGUUUUCUUGUGAUGAUGUCUGGUGGUGGAUGUAAUAUAGUAUGGUUUAGAAGGGAUCUGAGAGUAGAGGAUAAUCCAGCUUUAGCAGCUGGUGUUAGAGCUGGAGCUGUGCUUGCACUGUAUGUAUGGGCACCUGAGGAAGAAGGCCACUAUCAGCCUGGUAGAGUUUCUAGGUGGUGGCUUAAGCAAAGUUUGAAUCAACUUGAUUCAUCUUUGAGGAGUCUUGGGACUACCCUUAUUACAAAAAGAUCAACUGAUAGUGUUUCUUCUCUUCUUCAAGUUGUUAAGUCUGUUGGGGCUACUCAGCUCUUCUUCAACCACUUAUAUGACCCCUUGUCACUUGUGAGGGAUCACCGAGUAAAGGAGGUUCUAACUGCCCAUGGAGUAACUGUCCAUUCCUUCAACGCAGACUUGCUAUAUGAACCAUGGGAAGUUCUUGAUGAUGUAGGUCAGCCGUUCACAACAUUUGCAGGUUUUUGGAGUAAAUGCCUUAGCAUGCCUUAUGAUCCGGAUUCGCCACUUCUCCCCCCUAAGAGAAUUAUCUCAGGUGAUGUAUCUCUGUGCCCUUCAGACCCAUUGGUAUUUGAAGAUGAAUCGGAAAAAGGCAGUAAUGCACUCCUUGCUCGGGCAUGGUCACCUGGGUGGAAAAGUGCUGAUAAGGCACUGACUACAUUCAUUAAUGGACCAUUAAUUGAGUAUGCUAAGAAUCGCAGAAAGGCUGAUAGUGCUACAACUUCAUUUCUGUCUCCUCAUUUACAUUUUGGUGAAGUGAGUGUGCGGAAAGUCUUUCAUCUUGUUCGCCUGAAGCAAGUUUUGUGGAACAAUGAAGGGAACCAAGCUGGCGAAGAGAGUGUCAACUUGUUCCUUAAGUCAAUAGGUCUUAGAGAGUAUUCGAGAUACAUAAGUUUUAAUCACCCAUACAGCCAUGAGAAGCCUCUUCUUGGGCACCUAAAGUUUUUUCCUUGGGUAAUCGACGAGGACUACUUCAAGGCAUGGAGGCAAGGUAGAACUGGUUAUCCGCUGGUUGAUGCUGGCAUGAGAGAGUUAUGGGCCACAGGUUGGCUACAUGAUCGAAUUCGAGUUGUUGUAUCCAGUUUCUUUGUUAAAAUUCUGCAGCUUCCAUGGAGAUGGGGCAUGAAGUAUUUCUGGGAUACCCUGUUAGAUGCAGAUCUUGAAAGUGAUGCUCUUGGUUGGCAGUAUAUAUCUGGAACUCUCCCUGAUGGUCGUGAGUUGGAUCGUAUGGAUAAUCCUCAGUUUGAGGGCUAUAAGUUUGACCCUAAUGGUGAGUUUGUACGAAGAUGGCUUCCUGAACUUGCUAGACUGCCUACUGAAUGGAUACACCAUCCUUGGAAUGCACCACCAUCUGUACUCCAAGCUGCAGGGGUCGAGCUUGGUUCUAACUAUCCUCUUCCAAUUGUUGGAAUUGAUGCUGCUAAAGCCAGGUUGCAAGAAGCCCUUGCACAGAUGUGGCAACAUGAAGCAGCAUCCAGAGCAGUAAUUGAGAAUGGAACUGAAGAAGGGUUAGGAGACUCAUCUGAUUCGGCCCCCAUUGCGUUUCCACAAGACAUGGAAGAGGACCGUACAACAUUAAGGAACAAUCCAACAACUACAACAAUUCGGCGUUAUGAGGAUCAGAUGGUCCCAAGCAUGACCACUUCCUUGGUAAGGGUUGAAGAGGAAGAAACUUCUUCUGAUCUUCGAGUAGAACGUGGCAGAGCAGAAGUACCAACAACUCUUAAUAUGGACGAGGAACCAGGAACUGACAUACUUAAUCAAGUCAAUAAUCUGCAACAUUUUAAUAUUGCAAUGGCGCUGAGGGAUGCUGAAGAUUCCACAGCAGAAUCUUCUAGUAGUACUAUAAGGAGAGAAAGGGAUGGAGGAGUGGUUCCAGUAUGGUCUCCUCCGGCUUCUAGUUACUCAGAACAAUAUGUUGGUGAAGAAAAUUCUUUCUUGCAGAGGCAUCCACAAUCUCACCAAGUCAUGAACUGGACACAACGGCUUUCUCAAACAGGGUAAACAUUACUCGGGGAAGACAACUAGCCAGGUGGUGAUUUUAUGCUGGAUGGGGGAGUCUACAGCUAUUGGAACUACAAAACACACCUCGGUUCAUCUUCAUUCACCCUUCCUGUUAGCAGUUCAAUAGUUGACUGGCAAUUCAUAAGGAAAUGUUUGGAAGAGGCAGAAACCUCAUCUAAAUUUCUUCUUUGCUCCGUGUUGUACCAUUUCUGCUCCUGUGCUGUAUAGUAACCACAGGUCUCAGACGAAGUGCUAAAGAGUGUCUUACCUCUUAUAGGGCAUGUGCAUUCUUGUAAUAAAAUUCGGUUUGUGCUUUUUAUUUUUCAACUAGGAAGAUAUUAAUAUUCCACACUUAUUCGCUACAUUGUUCGGUUUCUUAGAUGUAAAAGAAUCUGUAUGUUAAGAUGUACCCUUUCAUAGGCUUGUUCCAUGUACAUGUAUAUGCACAGCUUAUAUUUGCAAAUAUUUUGUAGAUUUUCUGAGUUAAA